AGCAGCAGUCAGCUCAGGCUUCAGAAUUACGCUGGCUUGCGGGCCGCUGGUAUCGAUGCUACUGCAGCACAAUGUCCACUUGAGCGGUGCGGCGGCAAUGCCGGAGCAGCACGGAUCCCAAAAAGGUGGUCGUUCUCUCGCAGUCUCCAUGAAGGACUGCGGAAGAGCGGGGCUGUGGAAUGCGGCAUUAAUGUUGUUACACGACGCGCUACAGUUAAGUGCACUAGUCAGCACAGUCCACUUCAAUGUUGCCAUCAGUGUUUGUGGAAAGGCCGGGCAGUGGCAGCAUGCGCUGUCGUUGUUCAGGGAGAUGUCUCAGUCUGUGCUCGAGGUGGACGCGGUUAGCUACCGCGCUGCAGUCGGCGCGUGCCAGAAAGGUGGGUGCUGGCAACUGGUGCUGUCGUUGUUGAGGGAGCGGCGGGUGGACAGGCUGGACCCGAACGUCAUCACUUUGCCACAACUCUGGAAUCAGCGCGUGUGGGAAAGGUGGGCAGUGGCAGCAUGCGCUUUCAUUGUUCAUGGAGUUGCGGGAUACGCACGGUGGCGGAUUGUGAUGCCAGACAUAAUCAGUUAUAGUGCUGUCAUCAGCGCGUGCGAAAGAUCAGCACUGUGGGAGUAUGCUCUCUGGUUACUCAGGGAGUCACUGGAGCAGAAGCUGGAGCCGGAUGUCAUCUUCAGCCACAGUGUUGCGAUCAGCGCGUGCGAAAAGGGCGCGGCAUGGCAAGAUGCGUUAUCGCUGCUGGCUGAAAUGCGAGAGGUGAGGCUGGAGCCGAACGAGAUCAGCUACGGCGCCGGAAUAAGCGCGUGCGGAAAAUGUGGGAAUUGGCAGGACGCGCUGUCAUUGCUGAGAGAGUUUCGCGCAGCGAGCUCGGAGACUGACGUGGUUGUCUAUAAUGCUGGAAUCAGCGCGUGCGGGACAGGAGCGCAGUGGGAGGAAGCACUGUUUCUGUUCAGGGAGGUGCCACAAGCCGAGCUGGAGCCGAACGUGGUAAGUUACAGUGCUGCAAUCAGUGCGUGCGCAAGAGGAGAGCAGUGGCAACACGCCAUGUGGCUGCUCAGGGAGUCGAGGGACGCAACGACUGAUCCGAGUGCCGCGCUCUACAGUGCCGGCAUCAGCGCGUGCGAGCAGGGGGCUCAGUGGCAGCGUGCUCUGUGGCUGCUCCGGGAGCUGCGGGGUGCGAAGCUGGACCCGAAUGUCUUCUCUUCCGCGAUUCCGGGUGCACCACGGGGGGCCGUCGUCGGGGCAGCCUCGGGACGCAGAUCCAUCGUCCCAGAGCGUUCCUUCCC